UAUAUUAACCACUGUAGAGGGAUGCUCGGAGCAGGAAGCAGUGCAAGGAAAGAAGAGGCUUGGGAAGAAGAAGAAGCAUCACAGUCUUCCUCAGUGGUUACGGAUUAACCCCAAAUAUCAUUGCUCUGCUUGGGUGGUUAGAGGUUUUUGCAUUUUCUAGAGGAUCUACAUAGCAAGUCUUGUCUUCUGUUGGUGCAGGUCUGCUGAUAUGAUUUGCAGGGUUUCUCCCACAUCAGCACCUUCAUGCAUAAGAGGCUGAUUGGUAAUUAGUGCAGGAUGAGAAGAUGGAGCAGCCACUGCUACCCCCACCAGGACCUGACAGCCUUCGACUCCUCACCAGAGAAUCUCUUGCUGUUCUUGAAAAGCGCUUUGCAGAAGAAAAAGCCAGGAAGGCAUCACAGAAGGAUCGCAGAGAUGAUGAUGAUGAAAAUGGACCCAAGCCUAAUUCGGACUUGGAAGCUGGCAAAAACUUACCAUUUAUAUAUGGAGACAUUCCACAGGGAAUGGUGGCAGUACCAAUGGAAGACCUGGACCCAUAUUACAGCAACCAAAAGACCUUUAUAGUAUUGAAUAGAGGGAAGGCAAUCUUCCGAUUCAGUGCCACAUCUGCCUUGUACAUUUUAACUCCUUUCAAUCCUCUUAGAAGAAUAUCUAUAAAGAUUUUGGUACAUUCUUUAUUCAGCAUGCUCAUUAUGUGCACUAUUUUGACUAAUUGCUUCUUCAUGACCAUGAGUAACCCACCAGAAUGGACCAAGAAUGUUGAAUAUACCUUCACUGGAAUUUAUACAUUUGAAUCACUUGUUAAAAUACUUGCCAGAGGUUUUUGUUUAGAAAGCUUUACUUUUCUACGGGAUCCAUGGAAUUGGCUUGAUUUCAGCGUCAUAGUCAUGGCAUAUGUGACAGAGUUUGUGGACCUGGGCAAUGUCUCAGCAUUGAGAACAUUCAGAGUUCUCCGAGCAUUGAAAACAAUAUCAGUCAUUCCAGGUCUGAAGACUAUCGUGGGCGCACUGAUUCAGUCGGUGAAGAAGCUUUCCGAUGUAAUGAUUCUCACAGUGUUUUGCCUCAGUGUGUUUGCACUAAUAGGGCUACAGCUUUUCAUGGGGCACCUGAGGAAUAAGUGUGUAAGGUGGCCACCUGAGUAUGAACCAAAUAUCACUUCCUACUUUAAUGAAACUGCUGGCCUCUAUAUUAAUGUAACUCUGAACCCAUUCAAUCGUGAAGAAUACAUCCUAGAAGAAACUAAUUUUUAUUUUUUGCCUGGAACGAGAGAUGCUCUUCUGUGUGGCAACAGCUCCGAUGCAGGGCAGUGUCCAAAAGGAUAUGUAUGUUUGAAGACAGGAAGGAACCCAAACUACGGCUACACAAGUUUUGACACAUUUAGCUGGGCUUUUUUAUCACUGUUUCGGCUAAUGACUCAGGAUUUCUGGGAAAAUCUUUAUCAACUGACACUACGAGCUGCUGGUAAAACCUACAUGAUAUUUUUCGUUUUGGUGAUUUUCCUGGGUUCUUUCUAUUUGAUAAACUUGAUCUUGGCUGUGGUGGCCAUGGCUUAUGAAGAGCAGAAUCAGGCAACCUUAGAAGAAGCGGAGCAGAAAGAAGCAGAAUUCCAGCUUAUGAUGGAGCAACUGAAAAAACAUCAGGAAGAAAUUCAGGCAGCGGCGCUAGCAGCAGAAACAAUGGACGGUUCCAGAGAGUUUAGUGGUGGGACAGGCUAUGGUGGGCUUUCAGAAAGCUCUUCUGAGGCAUCAAAGCCAAGUUCCAAAAGUGCUAAGGAGAGAAGAAAUAGAAGGAAAAAGAGAAAACAAAAAGAGCAGGGUGAGGAUGAGAAGGCAGAUGAUGAAAAAUUCCACAAGUCGGCUUCAGAAACGAGUAUAAAGAGGAAAGGCUUUCGUUUUUCUAUAGAAGGAAACCGACUGACCUAUGAGAAGAAGUACUCGUCCCCACAUCAGUCCCGCCUCAGUUUCCGUGGCUCCCUCUUUUUCCCAAGGCGUGAUAGCAGAGCGAGCCUGUGCAGCUUCAGAGGCCGUGGGAAGGAUGUAGGAUCAGAAAAUGACUUUGCGGAUGAUGAACACAGCACAUUUGAGGACAAUGAAAGCAGAAGAGGUUCAUUGUUCGUUCCACACAGGCAUGGAGAGAGGAGGAACAGCAACAUAAGUCAAACCAGCAAGGCAUCAAGGACCCUGCCGGUGCUGCCAGUGAAUGGGAAGAUGCACAGCACGGUGGAUUGCAAUGGAGUGGUCUCUCUACUUGGUGGCCCAUCAGGUCCAACAUCGCCUGCUGGACUACUUCUGCCAGAGGUGAUAAUAGAUAAACCAGCUUCUGAUGACAAUGGAACUAAUACAGAGAAUGAACUGAGGAAAAGACGGCUCAGUUCGUAUCAUGUUUCUAUGGAUUUUCUGGAAGAUCCGAUUCUCAGACAAAGGGCUCUGAGCAUUGCCAGCAAUCUAACAAAUACAAUGGAAGAACUUGAAGAAUCCAGGGAAAAAUGUCCACCAUGCUGGAAUAAAUUUGCCAAUACAUAUCUAAUCUGGGAUUGCAGCGACUCUUGGCUAAAGAUAAAGCAUGUUGUCAACUUGAUUGUCAUGGACCCAUUUGUGGAUCUUGCAAUAACAAUCUGCAUUGUUUUGAACACGUUAUUUAUGGCUAUGGAGCAUUACCCAAUAACCGAUGAAUUUGCCGGUGCGCUCAAUGUGGGAAAUUUGGUGUUUACAGGUAUUUUUACUGCUGAGAUGGUUUUCAAGCUAAUUGCCCUAGAUCCCUAUUACUAUUUCCAAGUUGGCUGGAACAUAUUCGAUGGGGUUAUUGUCAGUCUCAGCUUGAUGGAACUUGGUCUUUCGGAUGUGGAAGGGUUAUCAGUCCUUCGAUCUUUCAGAUUGCUUCGUGUAUUCAAAUUGGCGAAAUCCUGGCCUACACUGAACAUGCUGAUAAAAAUUAUUGGCAAUUCUGUAGGAGCUUUGGGGAACCUGACUUUGGUGUUGGCCAUCAUUGUCUUCAUUUUUGCUGUGGUUGGGAUGCAGCUGUUUGGUAAAAGUUACAAGGAAUGUGUCUGCAAAAUUGCCCCAGAUGACUGUGAGCUUCCUCGCUGGCAUAUGAACGACUUCUUCCACUCCUUCCUUAUUGUGUUCCGAGUUCUGUGUGGGGAAUGGAUUGAAACCAUGUGGGACUGUAUGGAGGUUGCAGGACAAGCUAUGUGUCUUACUGUAUUUAUGAUGGUGAUGGUUAUUGGAAACCUAGUGGUGUUAAAUUUGUUUUUAGCUUUGCUGCUCAGCUCAUUUAGCUCAGACAAUCUAGCUGCUACAGAGGACGAUAAUGAAAUGAACAAUCUACAAAUUGCAGUGGCCAGAAUGCACGAAGGAAUAGCCUAUGUGAAAAGGAAGAUGCGGGAAUUCAUACAAAACGCCUUUGUCAAAAAGCAAAAAGCCUUAGAAGAAACCAAACCCUUAGAAGACAUGCAGAACCAAAAGGACAGCUGCAUUUCCAAUCACACCACUGUGGAAAUAAGCAAAGAGUAUGACUACCUGAAAGAUGGAAAUGUGACAACGGCCACCAGUGGCAUAGGCAGCAGUGUGGAAAAGUACAUCAUAGACGAAAGCGACUACAUGUCUUUCAUUCAUAACCCAAGCCUAACUGUCACUGUACCUAUUGCUGUGGGGGAGUCCGAUUUUGAGAAUCUGAACACAGAGGAGUUUAGCAGCGAAUCAGACUUGGAAGAAAGCAAGGAGAAGCUCAACUCAUCCAGCUCAUCAGAAGGCAGUACGGUGGACAUCAGGCCUGCUGGGGAGGGAGAGCCUGUUCCACAGGUGGAGGUUGAAGAGUUCCAGGAACCGGAUGCUUGUUUCACAGAUGGCUGUAUCAGGAGAUUUCCAUGCUGUGUGGUUGAUGUCUCACAUGGCAAAUGGAAGCAGUGGUGGAACCUCAGAAAAACAUGUUUCUUAAUCGUAGAACACAACUGGUUUGAGACCUUCAUAAUCUUUAUGAUUCUUAUGAGUAGUGGUGCCCUGGCAUUUGAAGAUAUCUACAUAGAACAAAGAAAAACAAUAAAAAUAAUUUUGGAAUAUGCGGACAAGGUUUUUACGUACAUCUUUAUCUUGGAAAUGCUUCUGAAAUGGGUGGCAUAUGGCUUUCAAAAAUAUUUCACAAAUGCCUGGUGCUGGUUGGACUUCUUGAUUGUUGAUAUUUCAAUCAUAUCCCUUUUGGCGGUGGCUCUUGGGUAUGAUCAACUAGCCGCCAUUAAAUCUCUAAGGACCUUGAGAGCACUGAGACCUCUGCGUGCAUUAUCAAGAUUUGAAGGAAUAAGGGUUGUAGUGAAUGCCCUCGUUGGAGCUAUUCCAUCCAUUAUGAACGUUCUUCUGGUUUGUUUAAUAUUUUGGCUCAUUUUUAGCAUUAUGGGAGUAAACAUGUUUUCCGGAAAGUAUGGCUAUUGUGUGAAUUACACAGAUGACGUAGUGUUUGACUACACAAUAGUUAACAAUAGGAGCCAAUGUAUGGACCUAAUUAGUGAAAAUAAAACGGCCAGAUGGAAAAACGUAAAAGUGAAUUUUGAUAACGUGGGAUUUGGAUAUCUUGCUUUGCUUCAAGUGGCAACAUUCAAAGGAUGGAUGGAAAUAAUGUAUGCAGCAGUUGACUCAAGAAAGCAAGAGGAACAGCCAAAAUAUGAAGACAAUCUGUACAUGUAUUUGUACUUCGUUAUUUUCAUCAUUUUUGGAUCGUUUUUCACACUCAACCUUUUCAUUGGUGUCAUCAUUGAUAAUUUUAAUCAGCAGAAGAAGAAGUUCGGAGGUCAAGACAUCUUUAUGACGGAAGAACAAAAAAAAUAUUACAAUGCAAUGAAGAAGCUGGGGUCCAAGAAACCACAAAAGCCUGUUCCAAGACCUGAUAAUAAAUUUCAAGGUGCCGUCUUUGAUUUUGUGUCGAAACAACCGUUUGAUAUAGCCAUCAUGAUUCUGAUCUGUUUAAAUAUGGUAACCAUGAUGAUUGAAACAGAUGAUCAGAGCAUCGAAACGGAGAACAACUUGUACUGGAUAAAUGCAGUUUUCAUUGUUCUUUUUACUGGGGAGUGUGUGCUCAAGCUGAUAUCCCUACGUCAUUAUUACUUCACAAUUGGCUGGAACAUAUUUGAUUUUGUGGUUGUAAUUCUCUCUAUAGUAGGUAUGUUUCUGGCAGACCUUAUCGAAAAAUAUUUUGUGUCACCCACCCUGUUCAGGGUCAUCCGAUUAGCUAGGAUUGGUCGUAUCCUGCGUCUCAUCAAGGGAGCUAAAGGCAUUCGUACUCUGCUGUUUGCCCUGAUGAUGUCACUUCCUGCGUUGUUCAAUAUUGGUUUACUGCUCUUUUUGGUGAUGUUCAUCUACGCCAUUUUCGGCAUGUCCAACUUUGCCUAUGUUAAGAAAGAGGCUGGGAUUGAUGACAUGUUUAACUUUGAGACCUUUGGUAACAGCAUGAUCUGUUUAUUCCAAAUUACAACAUCUGCAGGAUGGGAUGGUCUGUUAGCGCCAAUUCUUAAUAGCGGGGCACCAGAUUGCGAUCCAAAGGCAGAACAUUCAGGAAGCAGUGUAAAAGGAGACUGUGGCAAUCCCUCUGUUGGCAUCUUCUUUUUUGUUAGUUAUAUCAUUAUAUCAUUCUUGGUUGUAGUCAACAUGUAUAUUGCUGUCAUCUUGGAAAACUUCAGUGUUGCUACGGAGGAAAGUGCCGAACCUCUAGGAGAAGAUGAUUUUGAGAUGUUCUAUGAGGUCUGGGAAAAAUUUGAUUCAAAUGCAACACAGUUUAUACAAUACGUUAAACUGACUGAUUUUGCUGAUGCGCUGGAUCCGCCUCUCCGAAUGCCGAAACCAAACAAUGCGCAGUUAAUCGCAAUGGAUCUGCCUAUGGUAAGUGGGGACAGAAUUCACUGCCUUGAUGUCCUGUUUGCCUUUACAAAGCGUGUGCUAGGUGAAGGCGAUGAAAUGGAUAACUUAAGACAGCCAAUGGAAGAACGUUUCAUGGCAUCCAAUCCUUCAAAGGCCUCCUACGAACCAAUCACGUCUACUCUACGUAGGAAACAAGAGGAGUUAGCUGCCAUAGUUAUCCAGCGCUGCUACAGAUGCUACGCUUUAAGGAAAGGCAUAAAACAUGCCUCCUUUAUGUACAACCAGGAAAAGGGCAAAGAUGGAGGGAGUCUACUUACUAGGAAAGAUAUGCUUAGCGAUCGACUAAAUGGAAACUCUACAACAGAGAAAGCAGACAUUACCCCUUCGACAACGUCUCCUCCGUCCUAUGACAGUGUUACAAAACCAGAUAAAGAAAAACACGAAAAAGACAAAAUAGAGAAGGAAGACAGGGGCAAAGAUGUCAGGGAGCAUAAAAAAUAAUUUUCAGUGGCAAACUGUUUACAGCCUGUGAACAUUGUUUAUUGAUGUCAUCAGGACUACUUCCAGAGAUUUAUGCCAAACUGACAGUUCUUAAAAAUUAUGUACUUUUGGUCAGUGCCUACAAUAAGACAGUGACCCCCUGUCAGUCAAUGACUACAAUUGAAACCAACAAACUUGACGGGAGGUUACUGUUUGAACCACUUCAUCACUAUACGGUGGCUUGCAAUGCAUUUCUUGUCAAUGCUUUGCUGGUCACUUAGGAAGUAAAAGGAUUAUCGCCCAGCUGACACUGCUGAAGAAGAUAGUCCAAAUGGCUACUCAGACUGUGCAGAAUGGGGACCAUUUUGUGGGAUACAACCCUAUAAUUUUUUUGUGUGUUGAACACUUUAGUAAAGUACUUGUAUCCACUGUUUGCAUUUCAACUGCCAUAUUUGCCAUAUGUUUACAAACUCUAUGUUUAUGGAUUCAUCGUUUUUUUGAAUUCAUAGGUUCUCUACUAUUAUAUGUGACUAUUUUUGUAAUUGGGUUUUAUGUUGGGAUUGGGGCUGUUACUUACCACUUCAAAAGGUAUGAGAACCAGGUGUUCUGCUAUAUCUUUCUCUAUAACAUAUGAAUAAAACAGAUUGCAUGAACGCAUGCUGGACUCAUAGGUCAUGCAUGAAAAAAACAUAGCGCUACAAAAAAAAAAAAAGUCAGAUCAUUAUGUGACACUUAAUGUGGAGGUGCUUAUCUGUUCAUGCUGAGUCACAUAAAGAGAAGUUAAUACACGCCUGUAAUGCCCCAUUGAGUCCCGGGUCAGAGGGCAGUUGGAUCCAUCCUUUAUGCAAACCUCAGCUUGUGCAAACACUUAUCGAGUGCCCCAUGGCACAAACUUACAUUUCACCGUCACAAGAUUGACCAGAUGAAAACUUUCUUUAGGCCUUGUCCUGCAUUAUUGUUUGGCCACCUUCAGCUGUCAGUGAGGUUGACAAUGUACAUGCCAAUGGAAAUGCCCUAUGUUAUGGUAUGUAAAUAGUUCUUUUAACCUGUGGUGGAUGUUUGAGCAAAGAAAUAAUGACUUGGGCACAAUAUUUAUUGCAUCAAAUAUGUACCACAAUAUGUGUAGUUUGCAAGCUUUUGGAGAAUAAUAGAAAAUAUUCUGUACCAAUAUAAAUAGUUUGGACGAGAUCACAAUUGCAUGUUUAUAUUGCUUGGGCUGCUUUAUGAUGUUUCUUUUUUCCACUGUCCAGCAGUCUGACAUGGAAAGCCAUAUACCAAAUGGUAACGUAAGACAAGCUGUUCAACGGUUCAACAAAAACCUGUUUUCGUUGUCAUUAAUCUCUUUGCUGCCGGGGGCUAGAAACUCAUCCUUUUGCCACUGUCAAAGCUAAGGGGUUGCCAGGUUAUAUCUCUUUGGCCCUUAAGGGGGUUAAGCAAUAGUUUGCAGCUGAUUCUAUAUUUCUGUUUUUUUCUCCUUGAGUUCCCAUUACUGUUUUUUUUUAAUAGUUUUUCAACCAUCUUCUUUAAGUUCAGUUUCCAAAAAAAAUCACAAAUUGGGAAAUAUUGCAAACUGCUUUAAAGCAUAAAGAGUUUAUAAGAUGAUGAAACUAUAAAUACUGUAAAUAUUCAUUUAGCUUUAUUUUUCAGCAUUUUGUACAUAAGAGGAGAGACGAAAAAAAAACUAACUGUAGGGGUUAAUGUUGUGGUCACUUUUGUUACUAUCCAUGCUUAGCACUAAUCAAUUGGAGAUCUUUUACCAAAUAAAAGACAAAGAAAAGAGUUGUACAUUUGCUAUUUUAUUACUUUGUUUUUUGCGCACACACUGAAUGUGGGAUUCUACUUGUGAAACUGGGACCACAGAUCACUCAUUCACCAUAGCGGGAUCAUGUAAAGGAUCACUGGGUACAAAUAUACAGAGGUUGUGAGCACAGCCUGCAUCAGGUGUUGAAACUUUUUAAUGCUGGACGUACCUGGAACACUCCGAAAGCAAACCUGUUUCAGAUACGGAGGUGCUAAAAAGGUUAAUUUUUUAAAUUCCAUUAUCUUUCCUAGAGUCUGAUUAUCAUAUUUGUUCUAUUCUUGUUGGUUCAUGCUGCACUGGAAUGUUUUACCAAAUAUGUGGGAUCCACAUAUCUUCAUUUUUCCAAAAAAGAUUAAAAAAAAAGGACAUGAGUUUGCUGAUCACACCAUGUUAGCUUAAAGUUCUGUUUCGGACACAUGCAAAAAGUUAAUUGUAGACUCCUUUGCUUUCCAAGACUUAAAUGACUUGUAGUGUACUGUGAACUGCAUGCAGGGAAAUGCUAUUACCUAAAAUUACAGCUAACAACAUUACAAACAAGCCAAAAGAAUAAAGAUUACAUUUUGUAUGGUA